AAUGUAUGCAAUUAUGGAAAGAGUGGAGAGCGAAACAAAUUGUUCACACACCUUUUAUAACUAAAUAAUUCCAUGUCUUCUAUUCCCUAACUACUUUCGAUAUAUAUUAUUGAACUCGAAAACUCAAACAAAAUACAUAAUUGAAAAAAGUUCCAAAAAUAAAUCACUUUUAUCCUAUAUUUUGUUUAGAGUCCAAACUUUUGACUUCAAUACGUUUUGUAAAAGAUUAAGCAAAGCUAGCUUAUAAAAAAUCUUCCUAUAAUAAUUGUUGAUUAUUUUAUUAAUCAUUCUCCUUUUCUUUCUAAAUUUCACAUAAACUUCUUUCAUUUAUUCUCCUAUAAAAUAAUUCUUAAACACUAUUAUACUUUCAUCAUUAAUAUUCACAAUAAUUUUGAUAUCAUAUCGUUUAAUUUAAUUAUUAUAUAAAUAGAUAAAAAUUUAUCAGUUAACGAUGUUCAUUACAAUGAAAGGAGAUUUGGUUGAAUUAAAUAAAGUAUCUUUAUCUUCAUUAAGUAAUAGAGAAAUCUUGUCAUUUCUAGAACUUAAAUAGAUAACCACACUAAAGUUUAAUAUAAAUAAGAAAAGUUAGUGAUUAAUGAUAAAAUUGUGUUAAACAAUUUUAAUAAAUUAUUCAUCAAUAGAUUAGAUUAUGCAAUAAAAAAUUAUGAAAUUAAAUUACAAUAAUCAAUUUAACAAUUUGUUUGUAAUAGGCAAGAGAUACUAAAAAUUAAUUAAACAGAUAAAAAAUUAGUUACAAGAUAUCUUUGGAUCAAUGAUAAUUAUUCGGAAAUCAGAUAUUCUGAUGCUCCAUUAACAAAAAAUUUUAAAAAAAGUAUCUCAAUUGAAAUUUUUUAGUCCCACUCAAUGAAAUUACAUUUCAAUACCAAUAAUUUGAUGAUAAAAUUAUGAAAGCACUCAAAAAAUAUGAUCUUUACCCUGAAUACUUGUUGACAAUUAUUCAUAAAAAGAAAUAGCUUUCUGUUGUUUUUCUAUCAUUUAGAAAAUUAAACUCAUUUAUAACACUUUGUAAUUGGAUUCUCAAAUCAAGAGAUUUACCAUAAAUAGAGUUUUCAGCUUUGCAAUUUCUCAAAUUCAAAUUGUAGUAUGCAGCUUAGUAAUAAGGGGUACCUAUAAAAAAAUACUUACUCUUAUAGUUAAAUAGAAUUAGAACAUAAUUAACAUUAAAAAGUAUUCAUAGGGCUCAUAUCUUUUAGAUUUAAAAGAAAAAAAUUCUUAAGUAUUAGAAUCAAGUCAAUCCUCUGGGUAAAAGAAAUGGUCAGUUUAAUUAACCAUUAAAAAAUCAUAACAAGAAAGUUUGGAAAAGGAAAAUAUUAAUAAAAGGAUUUAGUUUUCUUGA